CCCGCAUGUGUUUUCAGGUAUUUUCAGUAAAUCAAUGAAUAUAUUAAAUUCGUGAGAAACACACAAAAUCAAACCAACGGUUGUGUAUUUGCUUCUUCUACUCCAAUAAUAUCACAGAAUGACCAUUGUACGUGUCCAAAAACGUGAAAUAAGCCUACAUGGAAAACAACAACAUGGUAGUAGAUUCUUUUCGAAAAUACUCAAAUUUGUUACCAAUAGAUCUUCCUCAACUCGAUCGUUGGUUAAUUUAAUUAAUUAGAAUGAUUAAUGACAGAGCAUAUUUCUAAAAUUAUAAGUCUGGUGCGUGACAGAGAUAUAGAGAGAAUGAAUGAAAAGCGAGAGGAAGUGUGAUAAUUAGUGAUUAAACGCGCGCGCGCGCACAGACACAUGCGCGCUCUCGUUCGGCGGCUGCAGCGGAAGGUUUUCUCUGAGGUCGUCGCGCGCAUCUGUGUGAUGGCGACCGCACGCGCUCCAGUAUUCUCCGCAUCUGUCCGCCGUUUGUGAACAUAUAAGCGAUAAAUCAGACAUGGCAGGCCAUCAGGGAUCUGUUGUCCUCCGCUGCUGCUUCGCUGUUCUGCUGCUUCUCAGCAGUGCUUUACCGAACCGGACCAGCAGCGUCCGUGAUGCGCAAUACAGUAAUAAUACCAAUAAAUUCGACUCUGAGCGGAUACCAAAGCUACAGGACAACAGCACUACUGUCAGACGGUGGCGUGUUCUGGGUGAAGUCGGACCGCUGUGCGCCUACCGCACUCUUGACGCAGGUGACCCCGGGCGUCUGUGCUUCCGGUACACCCUACCGGACUUCAGGUGCGCCGGUGCGUCCUGUCGACAGGUGAGCUCACCUGACGGACAGCUCACUGCCAACAUCCUGUCCAACGGAAGCGUGUUUAUUCAGUGGACGGCUCACGCCCCACCAAAGAGCCUCGCACCGGGGCAGGCGGGCGGCUUCAGGCUCAGCUGCUGGUGGAACGGCAGCUACACGCAGUUCGAAUGCGCCGUUGUGCAUUUAGGCAGCAGCUGCAGGGAUUAUUUACUCAACGAGCUGCACGCCAACGUGCCGUACCGCCUCUGCGUGCGGCCCUACGCCCUCGACCAGGCCGAAGCCUGCGUGGAGUUCAGCCUCCAGCCCAGCGGGAUGCAGGACAUCGUUAUCGCCAUGACAACAGUGGGCGGAGCCAUCUGCGUGAUGCUGGUCAUCAUUUGUCUGCUGGUGGCGUACAUCACCGAAAACAUCAUGAACCCGACGCUGACGGCGCAGCACUCGCACAGAUCACACCUACACACACACCUGUGAAAAGAAACAUCGCUAUCAUCACGCAAACACACACCGUACAACUCAGGAUCAGAAGCGAAGUGCAGAAUUCGUACAGAAAUGUUGCGCUGCUCCUGAGAGUAACACGACUUACACACAGGCUGUGUUCGGAAUGGGAUACUUUACUGAAUAUUGUGUACGAUAAUUCUUCAAUAGUACACAAUAUCAUCAUGUUGCAUGUGAGUGGCGUCCACUAUGUUCUAAAAACGUUGUGGGAACACUGAUUUGCAACGUUUCUAAUGUGGCGUAAUUUGAAUGUUAUUUAAAAGGUUACGCGAGUAUAAUAACCUUAUUUUUACUCACAACGUACCAUUGUUUGAACGUUUGUUUAUUCGCAAAAUUCCACGAACUUUAACGUCAACAUUCAGCAAAUAUCAAUGACAUCAUAAGGAAUGUUGUUCUACGGACAUUUUCUGUCAACAUUAUGAUAACAUUCAUCACGUACAAAUACGAUCUUCUGAGGACGUUUUCUCUCAGCAUCAUGAGAACGCAUAUCAAAUAUUUUGAUAUUAUAAUUAGGACAUAAAAAGUCAAAAUUAGAUAAAAGUUAAAAUUAUGGCAUAAAAACGAAAUUGACAAUGUCAAAAUUAUGAAUUAUAACAUACUAAGUGAUAAUUAUGACAAAAAGUCAAAAUUAGGACAUACUAAGUCAAUUAUGAGAUAAAAAUCAAAAUUGAGACCAAAAAAAAAAAAAAUCUAAAUUAUGGCAAUAUAAGUGAUAAUUAGUACAUACAAAGUAACAUUUUUAACAGUUUAUAUCGUAACUAGGACACAAAAAGUCAAAAUUAUGACAUAAAAAGUUGAAAUUAUGACAAAAUGUAAAAAUUAUGACACUAAAUCAGAAUUAUGAGAAUAAAAAGUCAAAAUUAUGGCAUCAUAGCAAUAUAAGUGAUAAUUAGGACAUGCAAAGUCAUCAUUUUGGUAUUAUAACUAGGACAUAAAAAAAGUCAAAAUUAUGAAUUAUAACAUACUAAGUGAUAAUUAUGACAAAAAGUCAAAAUUAGGACAUACUAAGUCAUAAUUAUGAAAUAAAAGUCAAAAUUAUGGCAUAAAAGUUUGAAAUUAUGACAAAAAGUCAAAAUUAGGACAGUUUUAAUUAUGAGAUGAAAAGUUGAAAUUGUGAUAAAAAAAUCAAAACUGAGAUUAAAAAGUCAAAAUUACGGCAUUAUAGCAAUAUAAGUGAUAAUUAAGAAAUGCAAAGUCAUCAUUUUGAUAUAACUAGGACAUAAAAUAUCAAAAUCAUGAGAUAAAAGUCAAAAGUAUUUUGACAGAGAUAUUGACAAAAUGUAAAAAUUAUGAAUUAUAACACAGAAAGUCAAAAUUAGGACAUACUAAGUCAUAAUUAUGAGAUAAAAGUCAAAAUUAUGAGCAUAAAUUAAAAUCAGGACAUACUAAGUCUAAAUGAUGAGAUGAAAAGUUGAAAUUGUGACAAAAAAAUCAAAAUGAUGAAAUUUAAAAGUCAAAUUGUGGCAUAAAAAGCGAAACUGACAAAAUGUCAAAAUUGUGAGAUUUAAAAGUUAUGGCAUUAUAACAUACAAAGUAACAGUGUUGACAUUUUAUAUCACAACUAGGACCUAAAAAGUCAACAUUGUUAUCUCAUGAGAACGUUCAAGUAAAAUCAACGUCGUUCCAAGAACAUUGUUCUAAGGAUGUUUUCUCUCAGCAUGCUCAUGAUGUUGAAAGAAAACCAAGAACAUUUUACCUAACAUGUACAUAACCUUCAGAAAACGUUGUGGGAACGUUGCCUGUUAGCUGGACGGUUCUUAGAGAAUAAAUUUUUAGUGGAGUUUAAAGUGUUACCAGUUCAAAUAAUGAGUUGAGAAUGAAAUGAGAUUACUUUCAUCACACUCAAAAUGGAGGUCAAGUCAAACACAGUGCAUUGUGGGACACGGUAUACUGCAGCAAUAGUAGAAAUAAUAUUGCAGUAUGCUAUUCCGAACAUAGCCAUACACUAUAUCCCGACAAGCUUUUUUCCUGUGUUUAUGUGCAUUUUCAUCUAUAGUCUCGUUUAAUAAUCCCGUUUACCAAAUACUGUGCACUCACUGAUGUUUAGACUGAUAGCUAUAAAUAUUUGUUUUAGAAAUGCAAGUCAUUGGAUCUGUAACUGCAUAUGAUGACUUCAUGUAAGGUAAUAAUGAAGAUUUUUAAGUGAUCUGACUAGUAUUAAGAAAAGCUGCUUUCCUUUUAUUAGAAGGAUGCUGUAGUUUUGUACUCUAAUGUUCUGUGUGUCAAAUCCAAUAAUUUACAGUAUGCCUUAUCUUUACACAAAGUUAUUAAUAUGAGUUAGUAAUAUUCACCAAACUAAGGACCCGCUGACUGGCUGAACAGUCGUUUGAAUACUGUGCUUUUUCUCUGUAAUACAAACCUUUUGUGUCAAUAAACGAGGGGUGAAUUUAAUUAAGUUUUAUUGCUUUUUUUGCUUUUUAUAUACACAAAUCACACUGCCAUCCAAUAGCAAAAUGAAGUAUGAUAAAGACAUCACAGGAACCUUUUCGUACCAUAUAAUACGUCAUUUUGAUUCGCUUUUGUGAGGCUCCGCCCACCCCUCCUCCCCCUAUUGUGACGCCUCACUGACAGCUGCGCAGCUCAUCCGCCAUUUUCUUCCCCUCAGCGGAUCCGUGAGGAGCUGUAGAACCGAGCUCUCGUGCCGAAUCGUUCCCCUCAAACUCGCUCCACUCUCACCGGGCUUUAGCUAGCGAUGCCGGCCCAUCCGCUGCGUGUCGCGGUCGUGUGCUCCAGCAACCAGAACCGCAGCAUGGAAGCGCACAACAUCCUGAGCAAGCGAGGGUUUGAUGUGCGAUCCUUUGGCACGGGAACCCAUGUGAAACUCCCAGGACCUGCUCCGGACAAACCCAACAUUUACGACUUCAAAACCACUUAUGAGCAGAUGUACAACGACUUGGUCCGUAAAGACAAGGAACUAUACACACAGAAUGGCAUCUUACACAUGUUAGACCGCAACAAGCGCAUUAAGACACGACCCUGAACGCUUCCAGAGCUGCAAAGACCAGUUUGACCUGGUCAUCACCUGCGAGGAGCGCGUGUACGACCAGGUGCUGGAGGACCUGAACUCGCGCGAGCAGGAGACCUUUCAGCCGGUGCACGUCAUCAACGUGGACAUUCAGGACAACCACGAGGAGGCCACGCUGGGAGCCUUCCUCAUCUGUGAACUGUGCCAGUGUAUUCAACACACUGACGACAUGGAGAACGAGAUCGAUGAACUUCUGCAGGAGUUUGAGGACAAAAGCCACAGACCGUUCCUUCACACCGUCUGCUUCUACUGACCCGCGCUGAACGCCGUCGUCAGGCUGGUGGCCAUGGCAGCGCCCUCAUUUACAUGCAGAAACUCUCACGUGACGUGACGCGCACAGAGCUCGGUCAGGACUGUAACUCUGGCGCCGGCGGUCACGUGACUCUCUCUCUCAUUCUGUUUACUGUCAACACAAACCUCAGCAGCGCCAGCCGCUCUGCGCAGACUCGACACAAGGUCGUGAGAUGUUUUGACACUGAAUGCUGAACUGAACAGAGAGAAGGAUCUAGACAUGAGCGUUCAGUUCUUGACCUGCAGCGCUGCCAACAAACCCAUUAGUGACAAAACCCUCAGAGUUAAUAAUAAUAAUAAGGGUUUUCUUGCAUUUAAAGGGUCUGUUGCAGCCCGACUGUAUCUGAUCACGUUUAAAAAGAUGUUUUAUUUAGAGGAUGUAAUGUUUAAUAACUCAGAUGGGCAGAUGGGAUGUGUUAUCUUUUGAGUUUCUCAUGAAUUUCUUUCAUCGUUAUUUAAACAUGGGAUUUGAUACCUAUUGAUCAUAUUUUUUUUGGUUUUUUUUGUUUUCCCUUUAAUUUUGCAAAUGAAAGGACGAUUCUGUAAUUGUACCUGAAGCAGCCCAGAGUGCCUGAAAUUAUUCUUGUAAAUAUUGCGCUAUAAAUGAAUGAAUGAAUGAAUAAAGCGUCGAUGAAUCUCA